AUGGCGGUCAAGGACUAUCAGGUAUCACUGACGACGCUGGAUCACGAGAAACCGUGGAGUUUGGCGGCCUAUCUAGAACUCGACGGCUACAAAGCAUGGCAGGAGAUUCUGCGAGACAAGACCUCGCCGGAAGACGUGAUCAACACGGUCAAAGCAUCGGCCCUACGAGGUAGAGGCGGUGCUGGAUUUCCGACUGGUUUGAAAUGGAGCUUCAUGCCGCGGCAGGCGGAGGGGCAGAAGUACCUGUUGUGCAACUCGGAUGAAUCGGAACCCGGGACCUGCCACGAUCGCGAUAUUUUGCGCUACAACCCCCAUGCAGUGAUCGAAGGCAUGGCCAUCGGUGGUUAUGCCAUGGGUGCAACUGUGGGUUACAACUAUUUACGCGGUGAGUUUCACCAUGAACCGUUCGAGCAUUUUGAAGAAGCACUCAAAGAGGCUUACGAGGCCGGGUUUCUAGGUAAAAACAUACUCGACAGCGGCGUGGAUUUCGACUUGUAUGCAACGCUUGGCGCAGGAGCCUAUAUCUGCGGUGAAGAAACCGCGCUGAUGGAAUCGUUAGAAGGCAAGAAAGGCCAACCGCGAUUCAAGCCACCGUUUCCUGCCAACUUUGGUCUAUACGGAAAGCCGACAACCAUCAACAACACCGAGAGUUUCUCAUCGGUGCCAGCGAUCAUGCGCAAUGGUGCCGAGUGGUUUCUGGAAGUCGGCAAGCCUAAUAACGGUGGGCCGAAGUGCUUUUCAGUCUCGGGUCAUGUGAACAAGCCCGGAAACUACGAAUUGCCCCUGGGUACUCCAUUUAGCGAGAUGCUGGAAAUUGCUGGCGGCGUCCGCGACGGCAAUGCACUGAAAGCAGUUAUUCCUGGCGGUUCCUCGAUGCCGGUUCUUCCGGCUGACGUGAUGAUGGACAUCACUAUGGAUUUUGACAGCCUGCAGAAGGCUGGUUCCGGGUUAGGUUCCGGUGCGGUGAUCGUUAUGGAUGAGACGACUUGCAUGGUCCAGGCUUGUCAAAGAAUUUCGCGCUUCUACUACAAGGAGUCGUGUGGCCAAUGCACUCCAUGCCGUGAGGGUACUGGUUGGAUGUAUCGAGUCUUGAGUCGAAUCGUCGAAGGCAAGGCCAAGGUUGCUGACGUUGAGCUACUUAAAGCUGCUGCGGGUCAAAUUGAAGGCCAUACGAUUUGUGCCUUUGGCGAAGCGGCCGCCUGGCCGGUGCAGGGAAUGUUGAAGCAAUUCUGGCCCGAGUUUGAGUAUUUUGCCGAACAUGGCCGGUCAAUGGUCACGGGACAAUCGGUUGACCCAUCGGAGCGCGCCGCAUGA